CUUGGACUAUGGCGUAACUGAUAUGGUUAGGAGGUUAUCUCCUAAUUAGUAAAUUUGCAUUUUUCCAUAUUCGAGCUGCUGAUCCUUUUUGUGUUAGAGUUUUAGUUUACCAAACAAGCACCGUCGUUCAAUUCCGUGCGAUUGUUGAUUUUAUUCUGAUAUCGUUGUAAUGUUAAGUCUAACUAAGUAUUGUGAUUUUACACCAAACUUUCACCCCUUCUCAGUGAGUGCUAUCAAGAUGGUCAGAUUCCAUUUAGAGCUUCAGCAUUCUCUUCUUCCGUAGCUCAUCACCAUGAAACCAAUAUGUUCUUAUCAGUAUUCUAAGUUUAUAUUUCAUUUAAAGUUCACUGUGCCACUGUAAUUGUGUUGGACCAAGUGAUGGUUUGUGCUGUCUACAUUGCUUGUCUAAAUGAGUGUCAUCCAUCCCAACAUGAUGAAACAAAUCUCUAGUCCAUGAUUGAUGUGUUGAGGAGUUUUUCUAAAUUCGCAUCAAAUGAUUGGAAUCGGGACUAGAGUUGUCAGGGGACCUGAUUGGAAGUGGGGAAACCAGGAUGGCGGAGAGGGCCAUGUUGGCACGGUCGUCGAGGUUGGGAAAGCAGGAAGUGAAGCUUCUCCUGACAAAACAGUCGUUGUACUUUGGGAUUCCGGAGCCAGAACAAACUACAGGGUUGGUUACGAUGAUGCCUUUGACCUGCGUAUCUGUGAUAAUGCACCCGCAGGGGUGAAACACCAGAACAUCAUUUGCAACAGUUGCAAAAUUCAUGGUAUCUCUGGCAUUCGAUUCAAAUGUGCUCAAUGUUAUGACUAUGAUCUAUGCUCCCAGUGUUACAUGAAUGACAAGCAUGAUAUCUCUCAUACUUUUCUAAGAUUUGACACAUCAGUCUCUUACGGAGUUGAGCUGGAGCCCAGAAGAGGAUGUCAAAAGUCACAACUUAGAGGCAUUUUUAUAGGUGCAAGGGUCAUUCGCGGACCAGACUGGGAUUGGGGUGAUCAAGAUGGUGGAGAAGGCAAAUUAGGGCGUGUCAUAGGAAUACGCGGUUGGGAAAACGAAUCAAGUCGUUCGGUAGCAAAUGUUACCUGGAGCACUGGCUCUACAAAUGUUUAUCGAUUGGGUCACAAGGGCAAAGUUGACCUGAAGUAUGUGCAAGAAGCAACAGGUGGACCAUAUUAUAAAACACACCUUCCAGUUUUAGGGAAAGCUGCUGAAACAAUCGAAAACAUUCCAGCAGUACCAACUCUGCCGGAAGGACAAAGACAUUUAACUUUUAAUGUUGGAGACAAAGUGAAAGUCUUAAUGGAUAUUGAUACUUUGAAAGGAAUGCAAGAAGGGCAUGGAGGCUGGAAUCCAAGGAUGGCAGAGUAUAUUGGAAAAAUUGGAAUUGUUCACCGGGUGACCGACAGAGGUGACAUUCGAGUUCAGUAUGAAGGUUGUAACAAUCGAUGGACAUUCCAUGCAGGAGCUCUUACCAAAAUCAAUAACACAUUUGCUCCGGGCGAUAUAGUCAAACUAACGGAAGAUGUUCAGAAAAUGAAGGAGCUGCAAAGAGGUCAUGGAGAAUGGAUCGAAGUCAUGGCAAAUGCUGCUGGAAAGUUAGGAAAAGUGAUUAAAUUGUAUGCUGAUGGUGAUCUCCGAGUCUUGGUUGAUGGUCAAACAUGGACUUUGAACCCUUUGAAUGUGUCACUUGUGCCAGGAUCUACAACUGAGUUGAACAAUACCUUAGCUGCCAUUGCACCUCGUAGUAAUCACAGCAGUCCAUUAACAUCAUUGUUGUCCGGGAUGCAUGACUGUCAUCUGGAUGUGACGAAAGCAGACAAGCUUGUCCGAGAAGCUGCUCAGGGCAACAUUAGUGUCAUACGAGAUUUUAUCGUCAAACACCCUGACAAGGUCGAUUGUCAAAGUGAUGGAAAAACAUGUCUUCAAGUUGCUUGCCAUCAAGGACACAUGAAACUCGUUUGUUACCUCCUCACAUCUGGGGCCUCUGUUGAAAUGGCGGACAAUGAAGGGGACACUGCCUUACACUAUUCUGCGUUUGGAAAUCAACCUGAGAUAAUGAAAUUGUUGCUAGAACAUGGAGCAAAUAUUAAUACAGUCAAUAAAAGUCAGUGUACAGCUUUGCAUGUGGCUGUGAACAAACAGCAUCCUCACUGUGUCCGUGUUCUGUUGAGACAUAAUGCCAACGUCAACCUCCAGGACUCAUAUGGAGACACAGCCUUACAUGAUGCCAUUGGAAAGGAUAAUUUCAACAUCAUUGAUAUGCUGUGUGAUACUCCUGGUAUUGAUUAUACUCUUCAAAAUAACCGUGGGUUCAACGUUCUUCAUCAUGCUGCGCUCAAAGGGAAUAACUAUGUCACAGAGAGGGUUCUCACCUUUGCAAGACAAAUGGUUGAUGCUAGAAAAGAUGACGGUUUUGCAGCUUUACAUCUUGCAGCUUUAAAUGGUCAUACCGCUGUUACUGAAACUUUGAUUUCGCAAGGUCAUGCUGUUGUCAAUAUCCGUAAUAAUAGGAAGCAAACCCCUCUUUUAUUAGCUGUCUCUCAGGGUCAUUGUUCUGUGGUUGAGUUGUUAGUCUCGAUGGGAGCUGAUAUCAUGGUUGAGGAUGAAGACGGUGAUACAGCUCUGCAUUUAGCACUCAUCAAACGCUCCUCUAUGGUUGGGAAAAUUAGUGAGCUUGAAUCUCCGACAAUAUUUGGUAUUUAUCAACAACUUGGCGGAAGGUCUAUCGGUCAUCCGGUGGCCCUCGCUAUUGCCUGUUACCUUGUUCAAGAAGGAUGUCCUUUGGAGAAGCCUAACAAAAAGGGAAAAACUGGAUUAGAUCUGAUAGCAGACACCCCAAUGGUGGAUAUCUUGAAGCAUUAUGUUACCUCAUCGCAAAGUGUUGAACCACGGCAACCAAGCACCGAACUAAUGUCGCCUAGUUCCAAUAACUUUGAUGCAGCGUUUUUGAAGACUGAGGUUGCUGAAGAUGCUUUGAACGAAUUAUUGAAUGCCUCAGAAUCAGAAGUUGAGCCGCCUCGCAGUAUUCCUGUAGAGUGUACUGUUUGCUCGGAGUUGAACAAGGAAAACAUUCUCUUUGAACCGUGUGGUCAUCGGAUCGCUUGUGAAGACUGCUCGUCUCGUAUGAAGAAGUGUUUGAAGUGUGGAGUAAUCAUAUCAAAAAGACUCUCACAAGACGGGCGUACGAUAGCUUGUCGAUCCAGACACUCAAGUGCUGAGAGGAUGCGCUACCUAGAGGAUAAAAUGACGGAGAUCGAAGAAGCUCAGCUUUGCUCUAUCUGUAUGGAGCGAAAACGAAACGUCGCGUUUCUGUGUGGACAUGGCUCUUGCAAAAAGUGCUCGCUUACUCUCAAGAUAUGUCAUAUGUGCCGCAAACAAAUAACAAAAAAAAUCGAUCUGUAUUGAGCAUGUUUUUAAUUGUGAACCAGUGUUAAUGUAAGGUAAUUUUUUUAACAAACAAGAUUUUUAAGCUCAUCAGCCUUUGAUUUUAAUGUUGAGAAGAUGUACUUUAUAUUUAGGAAGUUGCCAAAUUUUGCACUUUUAGACUUUGCAUGAUAAGCUUAAUAAUUAGUUCUAGGUAUGGCCUUUGUCAGCAAUCUCAUCAUUAGCCUAUCAUAAUAAGCAUCUGUUAAUUGGCCAUGAGAGUCAGAGUCAGAAGAGUCGCUUCAUUCUUCUAAGAUUUUGCCCGCUUGUAAAAGUUCAAUUUCCUGUAGGCAUUUAAAACGUGAUAAACCAAAAAAGUACAACUUAAGGGUGCAUCGAUGUUGAAGAGAUUUUGCAUCCUUUCCUCAUUUAAAUGAGAAUCGAAGUGUUCUGUCUUAUCAUGCAUCGUUAACUCAGUUAUCAUCGCCAGAAUUUUUCUGAAGAAUUACUGUCAAGUUUCACAAUCAUAAGGGUACCAGCAUCUCUAACUUGAUUAAUUGAAGAUAUUCUCAAAUUUAUCACCAUAACAACUCAAAAAUCCAAUUGAAGGAAAUUCCGGCAGGAGCGAAAUCUGUAAAUUAUCAAAAUUUGUUCGAUACCUUCAUGAUAUUCCUAUGAGAAUUCAUCUUCGGUGCUAGGUGUUACAAGUACACCUUGAUGUGUAUUUUUCAGACAGAAAAAUUCUCAAGUUGAUGUUUUAAUUGCACAUUUUACACUUGUUUACCAAGUUGUGACUGAAUCAAUUGGAAUAAAACAUGCUUGCUGUUCUUUAAAAACUGAAGCACGAUUAGUGAUUGGACUUGCAAAGGAUGAAGCAUAAUUUAAGUUUUAUCGAGUAAGUAAUGGUACUUUAUAAUGAAGUUUCCAACCACAAGCAGUCCCAUAAUUCUAGUUAUCUGUUCCUAAUUUACAUGCAUUAUCAGGCGUCUGUGUUUAAUUUUACACUCUCUUCGAACUAAAUCAGUAUAUCUUAUUAUUUAUUUUAAACUUUGAGAACUGUUAUUUGUUUUCUUACUCAUGUCAGUACAUACUUCUAAACAAUGAGUCUCGAGAAAGCAUAAUUCUUUUUUUCAACUUAUGUGAUACAUACUAAAUUAGAGAAUUAUUUUUAAUAUUAAGUAGCAUAUCCAUUGUUAUAAUAAUUAGCAGAUCCAAGCACUAAUGAUUUAUAAUCAACACUUACAAGCAUUUGUUUGGCGCCUCUUUCAUCAUCGAGACUUUCCUUUUUUUAAAUUUUACAGACCUAAUAUUGAAUUUGUGAUAUCCUCAACGGGCCUGUUGCAAACCUUUGCUAGAGCCAAACUAAGAGUUGUUUCUUACAGAUAAUGCUUCAAAAAUCACGAUGAGCGCAUUGACAAAGUCUGAAAUGCACUCAUAACUUCACAAUAUGCAUAAGAAAUUUGCAGUUUUUUGAGCUUUCUGCUUCAAAAACAAUACUACAGCACAGGUGAACAUUUUGUUAAAGGAGUCGUUCCAUCGUCGGCAAUAUUCAUCUUGGCCAACGCCAAUCUGCCAAAACAUGUGUGAUGGGACGAGACAACACCUGACCAGGAUAAGACCAGGUAACAAUCGACGUAUGUAUGUUCAUAUUUUCCUCGCCCACCUUGAUUGACCUGGCACUUGCCUUGAAUUAUGCGCGGAACCGCAGAAGCAUCGGCCAUGAUGAAUAUUGCCGACGAUGGAGCGACUCCUUUAACAAAAUGUUCACCUGUUCCGUAGAAUCAAUUUUGAAGCAGGAAGCUCAAAAAAGCGCAAAUUUCUUUUGCAGAUUGUGAAGUUAUGAGUGCAUUUCAGACUUUGCCAAUGCGCUCAUCGUAAUUUUUGAGGCAUUAUCUAUAGAAAACAACUCUUAUUUUUGCGCUAGCACUGUUUGCAACGGGCGCAUUAAAUGUUAAGUUACAAUUUACACGUAUUUAUAAGAAACUUAUUACUACAUGCCUUAAUGAAUCACGCUUGGCACUUCCUCACUAAUUUUUCUGAGGUAAAAUAGAAGUGCUGUUCAAUCAUCAAUCGUUUCUACCGAAAAUUGGAGAAUUAGGGGGACCCUAUUUGAAUUGCUGUUGCAGGGCUCAGUGAAUCCCUUUAUCAUUUACUUUUGCAUCACAAACUGUACCUUGCAUCGAUCUUUUUCCCCCAUCUUGGCUGUAUUUUUCUAUCGGAAUUCCAACUGAGUUUGUCAGUUUAUUAUACUUGAAUCAUUGUGUCAAGGUCAGUGAAUUCCUCUCUGCUGAGUUUAAGUGAUUAAGAUAGGUUGUUAAUUCUUCAAUAACAGCAUCUUAUGAAUUUUUUUAUUUCAAGAAUUUGUUCCUGUGAAUUGCUCAGUUUUCCCUGGAAUGUAAAAAUUUGAUAAUUUCAAAGAAAUAGCAGAUGCAUUCGUCUAGUCAAUUUGAGGUUAACCAAAGAAAAUUCAUGGUAGGAACAUCAGGGAAAUUCUUUGUUUGUGCAAUUUUUAAACCACCCUGCUGUCAAAUCCUGAUUGCUCUAAUGAGCUCUGUUAAGAUGAAAAAAUUGCUUCCUUAUUUUUAAAUUACCUCAUUUAAGGGAAUUUUAAAAUACAGAUCAAACGUCUAAUAAUCAUAAUUAUUGGAAUUACAAUACAUUUAAUAUAUCUUCUUUACUUUUUAAGUUUUCCGUCAAGUGCACAACAAGUUGAUCUCUUUGAAGAGAAAUAGCAAUUAAAAGAAUUGGAAUCAGAUUUCAGUUUCUUCUGCUGCUAUUUCAUAACAAUUAUCAUACUUAGAUUUACAGUGGGGUGACAGUUGUGUUUUUGUUAGUUUUUUUAGUCUUAUUAAUCAAAACAAGCGUAUACUUUCAGAUCACAGUUUUUAUGAAUUCUCCUUUUCUCAUUUUUUUCUUAUUCUUUUUUUUUUUUUUUUUAUUCGUUCAUUUUUUAAAUCAUUUGCAAGCUCGAUCAGGUAUUACUUUUUUUUUCUUUGAUUAACUGAAUUUUCUGAGAAAGGCCCUUGUAGUGUAAUUUUUUUUUUUUUUAUUGAAUUAUCUCUUUUAAUUUUACUUUGACCUCCCCCCCCCUCCUCUUCUCCAUUCCCACCAGGAAAGAUUGUAACAUUAUAUAAUAUCAAUAUUAUGUGUAUAGUGAGAAUGGGCUAUUGUAUAUUACAGACUAUAAGACAUUUUAUUUCUGUUAGAUUUUUAUGAAAUCCCAUUUGUCAGUUACAUUUUUUUGGUGUGCAAUUGUUGCAUCAUACCCAGAGUAAAUUGCAAAUUAAGUUAUUCUAAAAUGCACCUAACUUUUUUUUCAUUUUGCAUUAUGAAAUGAUCCCUCUUUAUUGGUUUUCAAGUCCCUCUGACUAAGAUAAAUAGCAAUAUUUGCACGUAGAUAAUAAUAAUGUAUGAAGACACCAGUAGAUCCAUUGUGAACUGAUCACUUGAUUUUUUUAUAAUACAAUCAAAUGGACCUUUAAACAAGAUAAGAAAUUGAGCACUUGAUACUGAACAUGUAUACUCAAGUAGAACCUAUUAAACAUGUCGGAAACCUUCAAGAUUAUCUUAUAAAUGAGAAAUAUAUUUUCUGGAUGAAACAGUAUGAACAAGUAAUUAAAACUUCCCACUCACAAAAAACCAAAAUCAAUGUAGAACAAAUCAAGCAGUGAUAUCAACUUAUUUAUCAGGCAAAUAACAAGAUCUCAGUUGUGCAAGAAUUUCGAUUUUCUCCAUAUCAAAGAUACCUUUAAUCUUGUCAAAAAAAAGUUAAUGCAUAGGAAUAUUCUUGCAUUGUAAAACAUACGGAAAUCUGUUUAUUUCUUUAGUGGACUCUGGUUUUAUUGUGAACGGGAAGUGCUAAUCAACGUAGACGAAAACCGUCAUUCUCCCACUUACAAGUUGAAUUAAUAAUAAUAACAAGUUGAAUGAAUAUAUACCCAUCGUACUUCAUGCAAAAUUUUGACAGGGCAUGAUAGUUCUGGAGCUUAAUUUAGUAAUCUGCUUCUUGGUCCAUUGAAUUGUAUAGCUAUUGUGUAUAAUUUUUUUUUCUUCCCCCCCCCCCUCCCCAAGUAUGGCAAAUGAAUAGUAAUGUCUCUCCAACAGCUUAAUAUUUGUACUAUGCACUUUAUUAAUGAAGACAAAACUAACUCAAGUUUUCAGUGAUGAUAUGUAUCAUUGUAAUAUUAUUCAUUAAUGUAACUGGAUUUUUCCUCCAUUCACGGGACGUGCAAUAGCGAGUUCAUCACAAUGCAUUUGGAUACCUUAAAUGCCCAUGACAAUGUAAAAGAGGAUCAGAGUUUUCUUUGGGUUAAGUAAAUCAUUUCUCCUUGAAAAAUAUGAAUCAAAGUUUUGAAAUGGAUUCCUAAUCCUGUUUGUGUGAGCCUGGCUCCACAUUAAUUUUUAUGUAGGAUUUUUAACAUAGUAUCACCAAUUUUAAUUUCCACUGAUAUGAUUCCAGUUAACCAAAGUAAUUUAAAUUUAAAUGACUGGAAUAAAGUAGAAGAUUGAGGUGUUCACAUGUAUUGAUGAAGCUCAGUAUUUUGUUGCGUAUCAAGCAUUUACUCUCACUUAUCACAAAGUGGACGCAUUCAUAAAAAAGUGAGUCUGUCUGCAGAAAGAAGAGAUUCAAGAAAGAACGUAUCAGUUGUGGCGUUCCGAAAUCCCAGUUCCUGUUUUAUUUUUUAAAAGGAGACCAAACCAACAUCAAUUAAAUUGAGAAAUUACGCUGACUAGUUUUCCGAAAGGAAAAUAAAGAAUGACAGGAAGUCAGCAAUGUCGCAAACCAAGACAUGUUGUUUCGCACUUCGGCUGUCAAUACAUCAUAAUUCCAAAGCUAUUGCACUGAAGUCAUUUUUCAGAACUCUUGAAGUAGAUAGAACGUCUUUUGUUCAAAUGCGGUUGAUUAUAUUUGCCCUAUUUUCAAAUUUACCAUGCUAAAGCCAUGGAAUAGGCUAGGCCAUGUGUUUGUUUGUUGGUUCCCUCUUUGAUUUCUUUUUUGUUCCAGAGUAUGAGCUUGCUUUCGAUUAUGUUUGCUAUUUUUUUUUUUUUCUUUUUUUUUUGCUUAUCUUUUAUUUUCUGAUUUGGCAUGUAUUUGCAAUCCUAUGCGGAUUGGGAUUCUUUGUGAUACCUAACUACGUAAUUAAAUUUUUACCUGUAAACUACCAUAGUUGAAUGUACAUAAAUAUAUUUUUUCUAUGUAUGUUUGCUGUAAAUAUGUAAUUCAGAUGUACAUCUGCGAUACAUUAAAGAGUAGUUUAUUAAUAAAUAUAUCACUGUUGAGUGUUGUUUCAAUGA